UAUUUCGCGCGCCAGUCCUCCAGUCUUUUUGUUACCACAAUAGUUAGCCAGCAAGCUGUUCACAUUUUGCUUGCUGAUGCCUCACAGAAUGGCGAAAUGUAUCCCAGACUAAAUGGUAUGUAUGGGAAAUAUGGAUUGGGAACAAUUGGAGCUCAACCCAAGGAUUAUAGCAGCCGUAAAGAAAGCUAAUGUGAAAUCAGCGAGGGAGAUUCUCAGUCUCUCGGGUCCGGAUCUACAACGACUCACCCACCUGUCAAAGUCAGACGUGCAACACCUGCACAUAGCUGUUGCUGUCUCUUACCGCAGACAUUCGCCUGUAACAGCCUUACAAGUGCACCGUGGAGAGUGUCCCUCUUUGGAACCUGGGCACAAGCUAAGUUUGGCUUGCCCCGUUCUGGAUGCUCUACUGCGAGGUGGUGUACCGUUGAGCGGCAUCACAGAACUGGCAGGGGAGAGCAGUGCAGGAAAGACCCAGUUUGGCUUGCAGCUGUGUCUUUCUGUGCAGUACCCACUGGCGUAUGGAGGGCUCAAUUCAGGAGCUGUGUAUAUUUGCACAGAAGACUCGUUUCCCAUCAAGCGUCUGCGGCAGCUCAUUACCCAGCAGGCUCGGCUGCGGCCAGAGCUUCCCCAGGCCCUGAUACGGAGCAUCCGUUUCAGCGACAACAUCUAUAUAGAGCAUGCUGCCGAUCUGGGUGCACUGCAGGCCUGCGUGUCCCAGCGAGUGCCCAUUCUGCUCUCCCGGGGCCUUGUUCGGCUGGUGGUGGUGGACUCAGUGGCGGCCCUGUUCCGCAGCGAGUUCCAGGCGGACGAGGGCAUCGAGAGAGCCCGCCACAUGCUGGCCUUUGCCGCCACUCUCCACCGCCUGAGUCACAACUACAGUACCCCGGUGCUGUGCAUCAACCAGGUGACAGAUGUAAUGGAUGGGCCAGAUCCAGCACACUGUAACUUUGGGUUGGUGGACAAUAAGGUGCUGCCCGCCCUGGGCAUGGCCUGGGCCAACCAGGUGAUGGUGAGGCUGAUGCUGCUCCGCCUCCCAGGCUGUGUGGGCACCGGGGAGCAGGGCGGUACCAGCGCCCCUCGCAGGCUGGAGGUAGUGUUCGCCCCCCACCUCCCCAGAGCCAGCUGCCUGUGUGGAGUGUGGGAGGAAGGAGUGAGAGGGCUGCCAAACAGACCUCGGUCCGUCACCAACAGCGUUACCAAGAGACUUGAAACCACAGGCGAAUUGGGCCUGAACGAUGGUACCUAAAUCCAACAAACUUUUACAGUUGCAGGAUACAGAAAAGUGCCAAAUGGGAAAAUGAUAGGGACCUGAACAUUGUUUAGAUGCUCUGCAGUUUUCUUGGCAAUAUUGUAACCACAAAGGGAUUUUGUAUCAGGUGAUUCAAGGGUGAUUCCAGCAAGGAAUGCACACUGGAGGAGAGCUGCAUGAUGGCAGGACUGUUGCCUUACUUUGUGCUUUAACAUUCCAUAGUGAAGACUAUAUGCAUUUAAAAGGAGAGAGGAGGUGGUAGAAAAAGUAUGGAAGUAUUAUGAGUCAAAUGAUAUGGAAAUCCUCCUGACAAACCAUGACUAUACCUUUAAAAAAAAUCUAAAUACAUUUUUAGCAGCAGACAUUUUCUGCUUUUCUUUUCACAACAGAAUGUAAAAUAGGCUAUUGCAAAAAUAUAUAUAUUUUGCACUACACUUCUGAAGUUUCAUUUGCACAGCAGCGUGUGCCUGUUGGAGGGAGCUAACACUUGAUUUAGAAAUCACAUCCUACCAACAGCACUGACGGUUUCUAAAUAGUGUUAUUUCACUUCAACCAGGACAUGCUGCUCUGCAAGUCAAAUGCACUUCUGAAAACAGUGCAGAAAACUUUUCUGCAACAAUUGAAUUCUGGCCAAAAUGUUUUAUUUGUUUCACAUGUUACAGGACGUUCUAUCCAGUGAUGUAGUGGUAAAUAAAAUUGGUGGGUAAAGCUCAUUGCCAUUGGUGGUGAAUGAAGUACCGCUUUUUAUACUUUCAGUGCAUUUUUCCCUGGUAGCUGGGUAAACACUCGCACAAAAAGAGUAAACGGUAUUUACUUUACAGACAGCUCAGUGCAUUCAACACCUCUCAAAUACAAGCAGUGAUGAAGUCAAUCUCUCCACUUUGAGCCAGGAGAGAUUGACACCAUAUUCGUAAUAUCAGCCCUCUGUACAUCCAAGGGCCAGUCGUGCUGCCCUGUUCUGAACCAAUUGCAAUUUUUCUAAGUACUUUUUUUGUGGCACCUGACCACACUACUGAACAGUAGUCCAAGUGCGACAAAACCAGGGCUGUAGGACCUGCCUUGUUGACAGUGCUGUCAAGAAGGUAGUGCAGUGCCUGUUGUAUCAAAUAUGUUUGACCAUGUCAGUUUUUACAAUCCAGGGUAACUCCAAGUAGUUUAGUCACCUCAACUUGCCAAUUUGCAUAUUAUUUAUUACAAGAUUUAGUUGAGGUUUAGGGUUUGGUGAAUGAUUUGUCCCAAAUACAAUGCUUUUAGUUUUAGAAAUAUUUAGGACUAACUUAGUCCUUGCCACCCACUCUGAAACUAACUGCAACUGUGUUGCAGUCAUUUCAAUUGCUGACAUGUAUAGUGUUGAGUCCUUUGCAUAUAUAAACACUCUGGCUUUCCUCAAAGCAGGUGGCAAUUCAUUAGUAAAGAUUGCAAUAAGUAAUGGGCCUAGACAGCUGCCCUGGGGAUAUCCUGAUUCUACCUGGAUUAUGUUGGAGAGGCUUCCAUUAAAGAACACCCUCUGUGUUCUGUUAGUCAGGUAACUCUUUAUCCACAAUGUGCGUGUGUGUACGGCUGUGUGUCUUUGUAUGUCACUGUGCGUGUCCUGCAAAAAAAGUCAUUUUUAUAUAUUUCUGCAGACACACUUUUAAAUGGAUAGUCAUUGGCUCAAUAACUGGAAGUCUAUGGGAACAGCUAGCAUAUCAUUGUGCGAGCACUAGCAGCAAUAGAAACCCCCUUACCCUUGCCACCACUGCUGGGGGGGAAAUCCUAGGGGGAUCUCUCCUGUGAUCUAUUUACUUUGACAAAUAAAUCAUAUUUUAUUCAGUA